AUGAUAGAAUAUGACGCCAUUAAAGAUGAUGAUAAAGAGGAAGUGAAUUUCAUGGUAGAAUUUGACGCCAUUGAAGAUAAUGAUAAAGAGGAAUUGGCUCAACAAGAAAGAGCAAUGAAGAUUUCAAACUAUGCAAAUAUAGUUUUGUUGAUAUUGAAGAUUUAUGCCACGGUACGGAGUGGAUUAAUAGCUAUAGCAGCAUCAACUUUGGAUUCAGUGCUUGAUCUAAUGUCUGGGGGUAUACUGUGGUACACCCAUUUAGAAAUGAAGAAUCUAAACAUCUAUCACUAUCCCAUUAGAAAGCUUAGGAUUCGUCCAUUGGGCAUCCUUGUUUUUGCCGCCAUCAUGGCCACACUUGGUGAAUUUCAAGUGCUAUUUACAGCAGUAGAUAAACUUAUAAGAAAUAGUCCUAGUGAAAAGAUGACGGAGGAACAACAAGUAUGGUUGUGCUCAAUUAUGAUGUUUGCGAUUGCGAUGAAGCUUAUGCUUUGGCUUUACUACAGAAGCUCGGGUAACAAGAUUGUUCGUACCUAUGCAUAUGAUCACUACUUUGAUGUGGUCACAAAUGUGGUUGGAUUAGUUGCGGUUAUUCUUGGGGAUAAAUGUUAUUGGUGGAUUGAUCUUGUUGGAGCUAUUUUACAUCCAGUUUACACAAUCACCAAUUGGUCUCGCACCGUCAAAGAAAAUGAAGGUAAUUCUCAUUAGAUUUUUUUAUAUAAAAUUGCAGUAUGUAUAUGAAACAUG